AUGUGCAUGAUUGGUUUAGAUAAGGAAAAAGCAUCUGUGUUUUUCAAGACAAGCACGUCUUCAGCAGCUUUGAUGACUAAGAAUUCUGGAAUCAGGAAGAUCCUUCCAAAAUAUGACAUAUGUGACUUUGAAUUUGAUCCAUGUGGGUAUUCGAUGAAUGGAAUUGAAGGAAAUACAGUAUCAACUAUCCAUGUCACACCUGAAUAUGGAUUUAGUUAUGCAAGCUUUGAAGCUGUGGGUUAUGAGUAUGAAGAGAGAUCUCUGAAUGAAGUUGUUGAAAGGGUUAUAGCAUGUUUCUACCCAUCUGAGUUUUCUAUUGCUCUGCACAUUGAUAUGACUGGUGAAAAUCUUGACAAAUUUCCUCUAGAAGUUAAAGGAUACAACUGUGGAGAGAGGAGCAAUGAAGUUGUUGGACAAGGUGGUGCUGUUGUUUACCGUUCCUUUGUUCGAAAUGAUGGAUGUGCAUCUCCAAAGUCUACCCUUAAAUGCUGCUGGAGCAAGGAUGAGAGCAAGGAUGAAGAAGUGAAGGAGAUAUAG